UACUCUAUUGUUAUUUUGUGCGUCUGCAUGCGUUUUCAAAUUAAAGUAUCUUAAAAGGAUGAGGCGUUGGCUUCUCGCUUGGCCGCUGGCGUUUUUGGCGUGUUGCAACGGACUUGCUCAGAACGGUGAAGGUCAGCAUCCGAUUAGAGGGGACAAUCCCGACCCGGGCGGGGGUCGGGGCUCCGAGGAGUGUCCGGACGGAAGCGGACCCGACGCCCCGACUGGCGGUAUCGACUGCGACAACGAGGGCUUACGCGGGACUUGCAGGGUUUCUGGCCCCAAACGAGGCCUCGCAGAAGCCAAACGCUGCAUGGAGCACUUUAACGAAAUCCUGGACAGCAGCGAGGCCGACAUGGAUUUGGGGGCGCUGCAGCGGCUCGAAAAGGCGCUGGAGCGGACCGAGGUGAACGAGACCACGUCCAUGUUUGCGGGUCGCGUGGUCGCCCUCCUGUUCAAGCCCAAAGAAGACUUCACAGGCCUGCACAUUUCUGCCAGCGACAGCAAGGUCGAGGCGGGCACGACGCUCACCAACGGCGAACUUAGCGUCCGGCUCCCCCCAGAGGCGCUCAGCGGCUCGGACGACACCGUCUUGUUCUGCAUGGUGACCUGGCCUCGGUCCGCAUGGAACGCCACCCGGGAGAAACUCUACCAGGAAAGGCUGCUCAGCUUGAGCGUGCGCGGGAAAACCGUUUCGGGACUGCGGGAGCGCGUCAACAUCACCGUCAAUGCGACCGCGCUCAACGAAACCCAACGCCCCAAAUGCGUCUUUUUGAAUUUUUCCACAAAAGCAUUCAGCGACAGCGGCUGUCGGACCAUCUGGGAACCCGGCCAGAGUCACGUGACCUGCUCCUGCGACCACCUGACCUACUUUGGCAUUCUGCUCGCGUCGACUCCCCCCUCGCCCGCAAAUGAGGCGGUGCUGUCGUACCUCUCCCUGAUUGGCUGCAGCCUCUCCCUCGUCGCCCUCGUCGUCACGCUGCUGCUCUUCAUCACCAAACGGCAAAUCCGCGAGGACGUGUCCACGAAGGUCCACGCCAACCUGGCGGCGGCGCUCAUCCUGCUCAACGCGCACUUCCUGUCCAGCCAGGCGGCGGCGCUGUCGUCCGAGCGGCUCUGCGUUUACGUGGCGCUGGCCUUGCACUACUCGCUGCUGGCCACCUUCAGCUGGAUGGCGCUGGAGAGCUUCCACCUCUACCUGCUCCUCGUGCGCGUCUUCAACAUCUACAUUCGCAGAUACAUGCUCAAGAUGGCCUCGGUGGGAUGGAGUGUUCCGGCCGCCAUCGUGAUCCUGGUGGUCGCCAUCCGACCGGACGCCUACGGGCGCGUGGCCCUGGACGCGACCGAUCCCGGCGGCACCCAAAUAUGUUUCCUGAUGCACGGCGCGCUGAAGACGGCGAGCACGCUGGGCGUGUUCAGCGUGGUUUUUGCCUUCAACGCGGUCAUGUUCGCCGUCACCGUCCGACGUCUGAUCGGCCACCGCUACAGCGAGCAGUUGGGUCAGGACCAGCGGGGGCGGGCCAAGCGGUCCGUCGUCACGCUGCUGGGGGUCGGCACCCUGCUGGGCGUCACCUGGGGGCUGAUCUUCUUCUCCUUCGGCCACUUGAGAACGGGGGGGCUCUACCUCUUCUGCAUCCUCAACUCACUGCAAGGUUUCUUCAUCUUUUUGUGGUUCGUCAUGUCUUUGAGGAAGUCCAGAUCCUCCACGGCGAGCAGUAAAACGCCAAGCGCGAGCACCUGAGUCGCGGAGACUUCACGACCGAUGACAUAUUUGAUCUUUUUUUCUUAGAGUAGAGGUUCAGUGUGCCCUUGCCCAUUUGACUCCUACGGGGGGGGGGUUGAGUUUUUCCUCCUCUUUAACGCUCUAUAAAAUCCCCGAAAGAAUCUCCUGGAUUUCACUGACAAGAAGAGCUUGUCGCCUUCGGAAUCCGGUCCACUGCGCUCGAAAGAACCACAACUAAGAUUCUGAUAUUUGAACCCACAGAAAGCAGCUCGUGGAACACGUCCACCUAAGAAAUGAUCGUCUCCGGUUUUCGCUGC